ACAAUAUAUACAACAACAACAAGCUAAUUAUUGUAAAUUUGGACUUUAUUUUGGCGAUUCAGAAUGCCAGACCUUUGGCAAGAUGCUCUUCCUGACAGUUUGUUGCUGCACAUAUUUUCAUUCAUGGACAGUCAUGACUUGGGUGUAGCAGCACAAGUGUGUCAAAAAUGGUACCGUGUUGCCCUAGAUGAUGCACUAUGGCAUUCUUUGGCAAGAUGGAAAUGGAAAAUUAAAGGACCAAGGAAGCCAGGUACUGCAAGCUGGAGAGAGGAGGUAAAGCGAAUGACAUGGCAUGUUCCGUCUGUAUGCAUGGCAACCAUAUGCCAACACAAGCAUCAGGUGCUUGAUGUGUCCUUCUCCAACAGAGGGGACCUGUUUUGUACCUCUUCAAAGGAUGCACAUGUUAUACUCUGGCAGAUUGGUAACCCUUGCUCGCUGCUGGUGGAUCGUAACAUGAACCAGGGCUGCGUGCAGUGGGACCUGUGUCAGCUGUCUGCCUUCAACAGCUCGGACACGCUGCUGCUUGUGUGUGGCACAGAGCAGAACCUCCAGCUGUCAGAGGAUUUUGACAAUGCCUUGAUUGUCACUGUUGGUGUCUGCACCAUCUUUACUGUGCCAGAGAUGAAGUAUGUGUGCUCCGUGCGUCUAGAGCCGCCCACCCUUUUCAGUGCCUGGGUGACUGAGAACAUGAUCAUUGGGGGUCUGCCUUGCCAAGACACAGAAGAUACCACUCUUCUUAUUGUCUAUAAGGUAAAGCAACACAGACAGCUAUAUGCACAGAUUACAGAGGAUAUGGUUCAGUCCAGUGUCAGAGAUAUCUGCUGUCUUAAGUACAUCCAUUCGAUACCAUUUCUUAAGAUCAGCGGCAUACGAUGGCACUUGAUGAACCUUCUUGUUGCCCAUGCAGGGUUGCCUAACAACCAGAAAGUUAUUGCAUCCCAAUCUUCUUGUGAUGCUGAAAGCAGUGUGCUAAAGUGUUUUACAAACUUCAAGGAUGUUGAUGCCAACAUCAAGGAUUUAGAAAGAUUUGGUUCAGAAAGUUGUCAAAUGAUGGAUAGUGAAAGUGUUCCUUUAGUGAUGGAUUCAUAUUCAGCAAGAGACCACAGUCAGGGGCAAGUUAACCCCAUUUUGUCUGAAAGUCCUGAUGACGGUCAAACUGACUUGUGCAAUCCGAUGAAUCUGGAAAAUGGUACUGAUCAGCAUCGGCAUUACUUAAUAACGGGUGUUGGAAUUCAUAAACAAAUGAAUUCUGAUCAAUUUGAAGAUUUAAUGGGUGCUUGGUCCAGUGAUGUUAGUUUGAGACACUUUGUGAUUUUUGUUUCUGGGCAACACGAUGAAAUUCAUGUUCAUGACGUCACUGAUCUCCUGAUGCAGCAGUUUGACGUCUGCAAGCGGCCUGCCAACAGACACGUGGACGCACCAGAUCACGUUCUUCACUACAAGAACAGCUAUAUUACUGGCAUAGCCUUGUCCAGAGACCAUAGACUGCUAUACGUGAACUUACGGGAGUGGGAUCCAGACAACCCACUCAACCAGCCUGUAGAUGGCGAGGAGCUGGCUGCAUUUGAGGUUAAGUACAACCAGUAUUUGAAACUUGGUUGUGUGGAUCUGGCAACAAUGAGCAAAAUUGAGGGUGUCAUGUACAAGGGUCACAUUGGCUACUCUGGUUUUCCGGCCUGGUAUAUUUGCCUGGAUGUCAGUAACAAUUUCGUGGCAAGCUGCAGUGAAGACAACCAUGUGUACAUCUAUGACCGCCACUACCAGCACCUGCUGCAGAGGUUGGCCCACGGUGAACACCCACCCUGUGACAGUGAGAGCGAACCGGAAACCACGGUAACAAAUGGCGUUGCGUUUUCCCCAGUUGAUGAAGAGACGUGCAUCAGUGUGUGUGACGGGAAGCUCAUCAAAGUGUGGCAAUCUAAAAAUAGACAGCAAUUGGAAAUUUGUCAACAGCAUUUUUAGCUCGACUAUUAUAUAUGAAAUAUAUAUAGUGGAGCUAUCCUACUCACCCCGGCGUCGGCGUGAGCGUGCAAAUGUUAAAGUUUGUGUACCACCCCAAAUAUUUCCUAUGUCCCUUGACAUAUUGCUUUAAUUUUUUUUUCAUACUUCUUUACCAACAUGACCCCAACCUAUAAACAAGAGCAGACAACUGUUUCAAGCAUUUUGUAAGAAUUAUGGCCCUUUUUCCAUUUAGAAUAUGCAUAUUAUUGAUAAAUCUAUGUUAAAGUUUAAGUACCACCUCAAAUAUUGUCAAUGUCCCUUGACAUAUUGCUUUCAUAUUUUGCAAACUUCUUUACCAACAUGACCCCAAUCUAUAAACAAGAGCAGACAACUUAUCAAGCAUUUUGUAAGAAUUAUGGCCCUUUUUGUCUUAGUAACUGAAUAUUUUGUUAAAUUUUGUGUUUAGAUCCACUUAACUUCUAAAGUACAUGUAUCAAAGCUAUUGCUUUCAAACUUCAAAUAUUUUCUUACUAUCAUUAGUGUACUGUACCUGGCAAGUUCAAUUUGACCUUGACAUUUGGAUGACCUUGACUCUCAAGGUCAAGAGAAUAGAUUUUUGUUAAAUUGCCAUAACUUCUUUAUUUAUGAUCAGAUUUUAUUAAUACUUUGACAAAACAACACUUACCUGAAUACCACAAUGGAUUCUACCCAAACAAUACCCCACGCCCCAACCCAGAAUCCCUGCACCCCCCCAAAUUGUUUUAUAUAUAUUUUUUCCUUUUUUUAUUUUGAAAGAUCGUCUAAUAAAUGACCCUACCCCACAUUAUACCCCCCUCUCACCCUCCCCCCUACCCAACCCAAAAACAAUAUGUUUUUCUUUGAAACAUGGUUAAAAGCUAACAAACAAAUAUUUAUUUACUUUAUUUUUGAAGGACUGUCCAAACUUCCCACCCAAGUUAUUGCUAUCAAACUUAAAAUAAAUGUAAUUAGUUUUUUUUAUGUCUUUACAAAUGUUCAAUAGAUUGUGGAAAAUAUACCUGAACUAUUACCUUGACCUCAUUGAAUAAUUUGAACAAUUUCCACAUGAUGGCUUCCGUUAUACAGUCAAGCACUCGAAUAGUCGAGCGCGCUGUCCUCUGACAGCUUUUGUUCUUAGUUGAUCCUACUUGGAUGUUAUGAGGCUUUUACUGUGUUCUAUAUUUGAUAUUAAAUUUAGUGUAGUGGGCUAGAUAGUUACUUAAUUUUAAUUAAAAUUUACACCAGUGACAAAACCAGAAUGUCUGCCAAAAUAAUGUGCAAGAAAUUCACUAAAUUAAACUCAUGUUUAUUGAUGCAAUAUUAGAGAGCAUAUGUUCACAAUUGUUUUUUAUCGUUGUUGACUCUUUUGUUAUGGAUUUUUGGCUAGUAUUUAAGCCAAAGCACUGCUGGCACACUGCUGUUAUCCAACUCAUGGUGUUCCUGGGUAAGCUGGUUAACCCUUUUGUCCAUAAGACGCAAAGUGAAAAUGGCUUUUGCAACCAGCAUAAAACUACAACAGCCUGCGAGUCACUCGCAGUCUGUUCGGGUUGUGUGCUGUUUGCUGCUCAUCAGUAUCUCAGGGUAGGAAAUGAAGCCUUUAAAACUUGAAUUUAGUAAGAAAGGUAUUUAAGUAAAUUUAACGUUCUAUGGGACUACACAUGCGUCAAAAUAUGUAUCUAAGUGUUAAAGGGUUAACCAGUUAUAAGAAACAUACUCCAAUCAGAGGUAGUGGUAGAAUGUUGGAAGAACAGUUGAUUUUGCACACAAUAAUUAUAUAACUUAUAAAAGGCCAUAUUUAUGGUAACUUGUGCUCGAUUGGUCAUUGUCGGCUCGGGUACUACUUACAUGUACCCCAGGUACUCUAAAGUAUUCUUACAUGUACCCUGGGUACGGUAAAUAUACUAAAACGUACCCAGGAAAUUUAACGUUAAAUUGGUCGUUGUCAGCUUAUUUUUUUUAGCACACCUGAUUGCUCAGGUGAGCUUUUGUGACCGGUCUUUGUCCGUCAUAUGUCCGUCCAAUAACAUUUGCUCGUUAACACUCUAGAGACCACAUUUCUUGUGCCGGGUCAAAAACUAGGUAAAAAAAAAGAAAAACUUUGUCAAAAUGUUUGUCUUAAUGAUAUCUUGGUUGAGUUAAAAAGUGGUUCCGAUCCGUUGAAAAACAUGGUCGCCAGUGGGCGGGGCAGUUUUCCUUACUUUGCUAUAGAGAAACCUUGUAAACACUCUAGAAGUCACAAUUUUUGGCUCAAUCAUCAUGAAAGUUGGUCAAAACAUUGUUUUAAUUGAUGUCUCGGACGAGUUCAAAAAUGGUCGAGAUCGGUGAAAAAAAAAUGGCCGCCAGUGGGUGGGGCAUUUUUCUCUAUAUGUAUAUAGUGGCAGUUUUCCCUAUUUGGCUAAACAGAAACCUUGUUAACACUCUAGAAGUCAAAAUUUUUGCCCAAUCAUCAUGAAAGUUGGUCAAAACAUUGGUUUUAUUGAUAUCUCGGACGAGUUUGAAAUGGUCGGGAUCGGUAAAAAAACAUGGCCGCCAGUGGGCGGUGCAUUUUUCUCUAUAUGUAUAUAGUUAAAACAUGUGAACACAGUAGGAGUCACAUUUUUGGCCCAAUUUUCAUGAAAUUUGCUCAAAACAUUUGUUUCCUUGAUACAUGAGUUGAGUUCAAAAAUGGUUCCAGUCAGUUGAAUAACAUGGCUGCUGGGAGGGGGGCAGUUUUCUCAUUAUGCCCCCCCCCCCCCCCCCCUUUCGAAGAAGAGGGGGUAUAUUGUUUUGCUCAUGUCAGUCCGUCCGUCCACCAGAUGGUUUCCAGAUGAUAACUCAAGAGCGCUUAUGCCAAGGAUCAUGAAACUUCAUAGGUACAUUGAUCAUGACUCGCAGAUGACCCCUAUUGAUUUUCAGGUCACUAGGUCAAAGGUCAUGGUCACAAUGACCCGAAAUAGUUUAAUGGUUUCCGGAUAAUAACUCAAGAACACUUAUGCCUAGGAUCAUGAAACUUCAUAAAUACAUUGAUCAUGACUCGCAGAUGACCCUUAUUGAUUUUCAGGUCACUUGGUCAAAGGUCAAGGUCACGGUGACCCAAAGCAGAAAAAUGGUUUCCGGAUGAUAACUCAAGAACGCUUAUGCCUAGGAUCAUGAAACUUCAUAGAUACAUUUAUCAUGACUUGAGAUAACUCCUUUUGAUUUUCAGGUCACUAGGUCAAAGGUCAAGGUCACGAUGACCCGAAAUAGUAAAAUUGUUUCCGGAUGAUAACUCAAGAACGCUUAGGCCUAGGAUCAUGAAACUUCAUAGGUACAUUGAUCAUAAGUCGUAGAUGACCCCUAUUGAUUUUCAGGUCACUAGGUCAAAGGUCAAGGUCACGAUGACCCGAAAUAGUAAAAUGGUUUUCGGAUGAUAACUCAAGAACGCUUAGGCCUAGGAUCAUGAAACUUCAUAGGUACAUUGAUCAUGACUCGUAGAUGACCCCUAUCGAUUUUCGGGUCACUAGGUCAAAGGUCAAGGUCACGGUGACCUGAAAUAGUAAAAUGGUUUCCAGAUGAUAACUCAAAAACGCUUAUGCCUAGGAUCAUGAAACUUCAUAGGUACAUUGAUCAUGACUCUAAGAUGACCCCUAAUGAUUUUCAGGUCAAGGUCACGGUGAACUGUAAUAGUAAAAUAGUUUCUAGAUGAUGACUCAAGAACGCUUAUGCCUAGGAUCAUGAAACUUCAUUGGUACAAUGAUCAUGACUCGCAGAUGACCCCUAUUGAUUUUCAGGUCACUAGGUCAAAGGUCAAGGUCACGGUCAAUUGAAAUAGUAAAAUGUUUUCUGGAUGAUAACUCAAGAACGCUUAUGCCUAGGUUCAUGAAUCUUCAUAGGUUUAUUGAUCAUUACUCGCAGAUGACCCCUAUUGAUUAUCAGGUCACUAGGUCAAAGGUCACAGUGCCAAAAAACGUAUUCACACAAUGGCUGUCAAGGUCACGGUGACUCAACUUAGAAAAAUGGUUUCCGGAUGAUAACUCAAGAAUGCUUACGCCUAGGGUCAUGAAACUUCAUAGGUACAUUGAUCAUGACUCGCAGAUGAAAUAAUGAUGAAACUUAACCAGGAUGUCUGUCUUGACGAUAUUUAGGUCAAGUUUGACAUUUGGUAAAGAUUGAACGAAUUGACUCCUCUCAGGUGAGCGAACUAGGGCCAUCUUGGCCCUCUUGUUAAAUUAAUUAUAUUCACAUUUAUGUCAUUUUUCUGUAAAAGGGCCUUUAUAUUAUCGAAAUUCGUACUCAAAAAACAUGUUGAUGCAGUUUUUUUCUAAAGAGAAGUUUGUUUAAGAUUAUCGGUAGCGCGUUUUACGGCAUCGGAUUUUGGGCGUGACUACAACUUGGGUACAGUCUAAUAUCGACCGGGUACGAUUAAGUAUAUUUGCUGUACCUGGGGUACAUGUAAGUAUACUUAAGAGUACCCGGGGAACAUGUUAGUAGUACCUGAGCCAACAAUGACCAAUUGAUCUUUAGCUAUAGUUAAUAAUUAAACACCUGCUGUUAAUAUUCACAAAUCCACAAAUUAUAUCUUGUUUUCAUAAGGCUCACCCAUAUGCUUUGUUGACAUUAUUAAAGUGUUAAUUUACUGCAGUGUGGCUUAAGGCCAAACAUGUCUGCUACAGUUGUGUUAAUACAAUAUUAUCGAGCCAUGCUCUGGGAAAAUGGGACUUAAUUCAUGUGCGUUAACCCUUUGCAUGCUGGGAAAUUUUUCGUCUGCUAAAAUGUUGUCUGCUGAAAUUCUUAAAUUAGCAUUUUCUUAGAUUUUUUUCAAAGAAUACUAUCAGAACAGCAAACAGUUUGGAUCCAGAUGAGAUGCCAUGUUCUGUGGCGUCUCAUCUGGAUCCAAACUGUUUGCAAAGGCCUUCAAAAUUCGGUUCCAGCACUGAAAGGGUUAAGUAUCAUCCAAGAUUAGCCAGCGCAGUCUACACAGACUCAUCAGAGACUAAACUGGAUUUAAGCUUAAAAGAGACUCCCUUUUAACAAAAAAGACAAUAAAAGUGGAAAGUGUUUUCUAAUUAGUCUAUACAGACCUGACACUUUACGCACAUGCAUUAGACCAUUUUUCCCAGAGGGAUUGCUUCCUAUUUGCCUCAUUUAAAUUGUAUACAAAGUGAUGUAAAUAUUGGAUGAGGCUGUCUAGAGAAAGAGCAGUGUGUAUGCUCUAAAAGCCGUUAUUGGUGCAAUUCUGUGGUACUGUAAGUGAACAUACCCGGUUACCUACUCAAUAGUUAGUUGUUUUGUAGUUUUUAUGUCAUAUAUUGUAUGAUUAUUUUUAUUAAAUUCUAUUCUUUCAUUUAUUGUUACCUCUUUGUUAGUUUAUCUUGUAUUCAUUUCAAAUAUAUUUUGUGCUAAAAUAUAGAUAUUUUUUAUAAAGCUUAAAGUGACUAAAUAAUCCUUAAAUAGGAAAAGAAUCCUUAGAUAGAGUUGUUCAAAGUCAUGAUAUUCUGAUUUUCUUAUUGGUGUGAAAGCCUUCUACUAUCAGUUAUCUUUUAUACACUGGUUGUCUGUUUCGGUGAUGUCUAUAUCAGUUUACACAGUCACGUGCAUGCUUUUUAUGAGACAUUGUGUUUGAGAUUACUUUACAAUCUGAUUUCAUCCCCUUUAAAAUGCUAAUUAUUGUCAGUUCAUAGCAGCCUGCAUGCAGAAAGCUUGAUAUGACAGUUAUAAUGGUCGAAUGUAUGUGUGUGUGAGCGUGUGUGUUUCCAAGCUUUUCUGGACUUAAACUUUAACAUUCAUCCUGCAAAAUUGCAGCUAGGGCAAAAGUCGAGGUCACGCUUAAGGCCAAAGGUCAAACAUCUACAUGGUACAAGUUGUUUAAUAAUUACAAGAAUUUGUAAGCUGAAGUCUUGAUAGCUACCAUAACUUAAUUUGUGUAUUCUAUAACCACAGUUUGUUUUAUUAAGAGAAUGCCAGACUGUGGUCAUGUACAAGAAAUUUCAAGAGUGCUGUUCUGAGACAUUUCAUGUUUGAAGUGCUUGUAAUCUUUGAGUGAUAACAAAAUGCUUACUCCAUGCAAUAUUGUAGAAUUUAUUUUACCUUCAUUUGUCUAUAUUGUUUACAGGGUUUUUACUCCUAAUGCAAUUUUUAGAUAAACAGGGAAGUUUUUAUUUAAGUUCAUAUCCCUGUACAGUGAGGGUUCUUUUAUUAAUAUUUGUAUCCAUGUUAUGGCUUGUUUACUUAUGUAUGUUUCUGUCAAAUGUCAAAUUUAGCAUUACCAAUGUUAUAUAAUGUUACUUUGAGUCUAGUGCGACAGUUGGACCUCUCUGAUCUUGUCCGAGACGAUAACCUGACAAAUCUUGUUAAUAAAUGUAUCAUUGAACAAUGAACCAAGAAAACUUCCAUGUCCAGUAUUAGUCUGUGUAACACACAUUUCCAACGUUAUAUGUCACCCAAAGUUUCAACUUUAUAUUCUCCCACAGUUUCAACGUUAUAUGUCAUGCACAAUUUAUAUGUUACCUGUCACAUAUAUUGUAAAAGAUGCUUUUCAGGCACAUUGUAAACAGUUUUUGUUAGUAAAUGUUAAUGUGUUAGAUGGCCAGUGAAUUAUUACACUCACAUAUGUAUACAUAAUCUUGUAAUAUUAACAUAACUUAUUUCUAUUCAUUGACGGUCAAGUGUAUAGGCAAAGAUCUAUAAAGAAACAUGUUUAUUUAUAGAUCUUCGGUCAAGGUACUAGUAAUAGCCUUUUCUGAGAAUAGCUGUUGUUUUAACCCAUUUUGUAAUUGUUUUCAUUGGUAUAUUUCAUCUAGGGACUUAAAAAGAAAACAGAUGGCAUGUUUUUCAUUCUUUACUAGUCAAAAUUUAUGAUCUACCGGUAAUACAUGUCAUAGCAAGCAAGUUUUCUUUAGUGUUUAGAUAUGUUUCACGUACUGAACUAAUGACUUUGUUUGCUACUUAUCCAAGUCAUAUUACAUAUUUAUGCUAGCAUCAAGCAUAAAAUUGCAGUUAGGUUAAUGUCUGUUAAUUUUUUAAUUUAAAGCAACGUAUUGCAAGCUUUUUUAAGCCUUGAUUCUAAAAUAAUUGAUAAAACAAAGUAAGCCAAUAAACAAUUAGUAGGCUGAAACUUUUGAUAGUUUUAUUGUAUAUUCACAUGUUUGAAUAAUAGUAAUGAUAAUACUUGUUCAAUCCUCUCCCCUUAUAAUUAUUAACAUUUACAUGUAUUUUCAUAUGUUUAAUAAUAAUAAUAAUAAUAAUAAUAAUAAUAAUAAUAGUAACUGUUAUACAACUAAUAAUAAUUAUUAUAAUAAUCUUCUCUGCUUGCUUUUCUUAACAUUUACAUUUUUAUUCUCAUGUUUGAUUAAUAAUAAUUACAACAUUUAUAAUAAUAAUAAUAAUAAUAAUAACAUUAAUAUUAAUAAUAAUUAUAAUAAUUUAUCUUGUAGCACAAACAGUGUUCACUUGCUUUUUGCCUUUAAUCUACUUUUUAAAUUGUACAGAUUUCUGGUGAUAAUAAAAUGAUAACAUUAUGUUAUAUUAUUGAUUUAUAUAUCAAAUAUCCAUAGUUAUAUUAUUGAUUUAUAUAUCAAAUAUCCAUAGUAAGAGCUUAGUAUAUUCAGAAUUGUGCAUUCUUUAUUUUUAUUAAAAUGAAUUAAACAAUAAAUCACAUUUUGCAUCA